UUCAUAAACAGUUGUGCAGCCUGACUGAGUGUUGAGAUGGAAACUAUGGCUGUGAAUCUGCUGGCCACGUCUCCGUCCAGCUCCACGCUCCCUCCGUCUCCCUGUGUGGAGGACCCUGCUCUCCCCUUGUCCUCUCUGGACAGUGAAGACUAUGUGUUUGUGGAAGCGCGGCAUCCCAACAAAGUGCUGGAAGGCUUGAACAGCCUACGGCUCAAUAACGCUUUCUGUGAUGUGACUCUGUGCUGCGGAGGGCAGGAGUUUCCCUGCCACCGUAUCGUACUGGCCUCCUUCAGCUCUUAUUUUCAGGCCAUGUUCUCCAGCGACCUGAUGGAGUCUCGUCAGGAGCGAGUGGCCAUCAAUGGAGUGGAGCCGCAGAUGAUCGGGAUGCUGGUGAGCUACGCCUACACGGCGGAGGUGGUGCUCUCCAAGGCUAACGUGCAGGCGCUCCUGGCGGCCGCUAAUCUGCUGGACGUGAUGGCGGUGCGGGAGGCCUGCUGCAGGUUCAUGGAGCGCCAGAUGGACGAGAUGAACUGUGUGGGCAUUCACUGCUUCGCCGAGGCGCACUCGUGCCGAGAGCUGGAGCGACGCAGCAUGGAGUACAUCCAGCAGCACUUCAGCACCGUUUGCCAACAGGAGGAGUUUCUGUCUCUUUGUGCCGAUAAACUGACUGAGAUCAUUUCCAGUGACCAUCUGAACGUGCCGAAAGAGGAGACGGUGUUUGAGGCGGCCGUUGUGUGGCUGGAGAAGAACCCCUCACGCAGACAGAGCUUUGAGAAGGUUGUGGAGCACAUCAGGCUGCCCCUCAUCAGUCCGUACUACAUUCACGACGUCAUCGAGACUCUGGACGUUGUGAAGGAAUCGCUCAAGUGCCAGAAGCUGAUCUCUGAAGCCAAGGACUAUUUACUGCUGCAGGACCGAAGAGGAGAGCUGUACAGCCCCCGAGCACGACCUCGACGCGCAACAGGCACGGCUGAGGUGAUUGUGACUGUAGGAGGAGAGGAUGAUAAGGUUGUGCUGCGCAGCGUGGAGAGUUUCGAUCCCCUCACCAGCCAGUGGAAGAGUCUGGCCUGCCUGCCCUUCGCUGUCAGCAAACACGGCUUGGUGGCGUCUGGCUCCAUGCUGUAUUUGGCUGGCGGUGAGUUUCCAGACGGCUCGGCCAGUCGAGAGAUGUGGCGCUAUGACCCCUGCUUUGACUCCUGGUCAGAGAUGGCACCCAUGAACGUAGCGCGAUCAGAAUUAGGGUUGGUGAUGCUGGAUGGGUAUGUGUUCGCUGUGGGCGGCUGGGAAGGCCGUUCUCGACUGGACUCUGUUGAGUGUUAUAAUCCACAGACAAACAUGUGGCAGUUUAUGAAAUCGGUCAAGAUGGCGGUCACCAGUCCGGCUGUGGUGGCGCUGGAUGGAUUGCUCUAUGUUACAGGAGGCGCUGUUUUAGAGGAUGGCGACGGCACAAACUUGGCGCAAGUGUACAACCCUAAAACAAGCGUGUGGAGUGAGGUGGCGCCCAUGCAGAUCGCCCGCUCUGGAUCUGCUGCCUGUAUCCUGAAGGGCAAGAUCUACGUCAUUGGCGGCUGGCAUGCUUCCACCGAGAACACGGAUAAGGUGGAGUGCUACGACCCCAAAACCAACAAGUGGACCAUGUGUGCUCCCAUGAGGGAGAGACGCUAUCGACCCGGCGUAGCGGUGGUGGACGGGAAGAUUUACGUUUUAGGAGGAGAGGAGGGAUGGGACAGGUAUCAUGACACGAUAGAGCGGUACUGUGACGAGUCGGACAGAUGGGAGAUAAUCGGAGAAAUGCCCACCAGCCGCAGCUGGCUGAGCUGCGUCUCGCUGCAGCUCCGCAAGGACACUCACGCAGGCAGCCGUCCCGGGACUGCCUUGGAGACGGAGUUUCCUGUGGACUGAGAGCACCGGGGCUCCACCCGCAUCACUGCCGGCCCGGGAUACAAGGCCAGGGGGCAGCUUUCAGAGCGUCCCGCUCCACGAGAGCUGGUUGAAGGAACGGAAAAGGUCUGACCCAGAUGCUGGAUGGUCUUCAGAAGAUACUCGUGUCAUAAGCUACUCUUUCUCCAGUCCGACCCUCUUCCUCAGUGUGAGGCUGGUUGCAUUGAUGAUAUCUGUGGUGAUCCUAAGUGUGUGUGCGUGUGUGUGAGUCUCCACAGUAUCGGUUCAAUGUGAUGUUUGUGACGUACAGGGUUCCUUUCAUGCGCUGAGCACCUCGCUAUUGUGACUUGUACAAGUACUUGUUUGUUUUCUAACAGUGCUGUAGUGAAAUGUAUUGUAAUUUUUGUAUGGUGAAUUUUGUAUUUAUUAGAAGCUUUUUGUUGUAUUGAGCGAUUUUUAUGGAGUAACUAGCAGAUAAACUGAAACAUGUUUAAAAGAGAUUGUUUAUCCAAAAAUUACAAUUGUCAUCAUUUACUUACCUUCGAGUCGUGUAGGAGUUUUUCUUUUGUUAAACCAGUUUGAGGUCCCAUUGUAUGGAGAAAAAGACUCAUAUUAUGGAGGUCAAUGGGGACUAGAAACUGUUUGGUUACCAACAUUCUUCAAAUGAUCUUUUGUUUUUAACAGAUUAAAUCAUAUAGCUUUACUACAACUUGUAAAUGAUGACAUAGUUUUAGUUUAGGGUGAACUAUCCCUUUAAAUCCAUAAUUAUUCUUCAUAUUGUGCCAUGUACUUAAACCCAAAUAACCUCUGCAUUUGCCAAAAUAUUUCAAAUACAGCUGAGCCAUGCGCUAGGUACUGUAUCCCACAAUGCAAUGUGUUCACCUUGAUCAUCCACAUUAUGAAGAAUAAACAUGAGUCACAGCUUAAAUCUUA